GCGUGCGUGCGUGCGGCGAGCGUCCCUCAGAGGGCAGGCCGGGACGGAGGCAGGCCGGGCGCGCUCCGCCAUGGCGCUGCGGCGGACUCUGGUGCUGGGCUGCCUGGCUUUGUUCGUGGCCUGGACGGGCGUCGGCGGGCAGAAGAAGAAGGAGAUGGUGCUUUCAGAAAAAGUCAGUCAGCUGAUGGAGUGGGCCAGUAAAAGAUCCGUCAUUCGACUGAAUGGUGACAAAUUUCGCCGUCUUGUAAAAGCGCCACCGAGAAACUACUCUGUGAUUGUUAUGUUCACUGCUCUUCAGCCUCACAGACAAUGUGUUGUGUGCAAGCAAGCAGAUGAAGAGUACCAGAUUCUGGCAAACUCCUGGCGAUACUCAACCGCAUUCACCAACAGAGUCUUUUUUGCGAUGGUAGAUUUUGAUGAAGGUUCUGAUGUAUUUCAGAUGCUAAACAUGAAUUCAGCCCCGACCUUCAUUAACUUCCCAACAAAAGGGAAACCAAAAAGAGGAGACACCUAUGAAUUGCAGGUGCGGGGAUUUGCUGCUGAACAGCUCGCCCGCUGGGUGGCUGAUAGGACCGAUGUCAAUAUCCGUGUGAUAAGGCCUCCCAACUACGCCGGACCCUUGAUGUUGGGCCUGCUGCUGGCUGUGAUCGGAGGCCUGGUUUACUUGAGGAGAAGCAACCUGGAUUUUCUGUAUAAUAAAACAGGCUGGUCUUUUGUUGCAUUGUGUUUUGUUCUAGCGAUGACAUCAGGCCAGAUGUGGAAUCACAUCAGAGGACCCCCAUACGCUCAUAAGAAUCCUCAUAAUGGUCAAGUGAACUAUAUCCACGGAAGCAGUCAAGCGCAGUUUGUUGCUGAAACUCACAUUGUUCUUUUGUUUAAUGCUGGUGUGACACUUGGUAUGGUGCUUUUGCAUGAAGCUGCUACCUCUGACAUAGAAGUGGGGAAAAGAAAAAUCAUGUGCGUGGCUGGCAUUGGCCUGGUGGUGUUGUUCUUCAGCUGGCUGCUUUCCAUAUUCAGAUCGAAAUACCACGGCUAUCCAUACAGCUUCUUAAUGAGUUAAAGAAUGUAAUCAUCUGGAUGCUUAUGAAGAGCGGAAUUGAAGCGUUCAGUGUGUGCGGUUCAUGCUACCUCUCUUUGAAAUGAACAAGAAGAUGGCUGCACGCCAAACCAAAGAUUCCUAGUGCCUUGAAACAACAAGCAAUUUGCCCUACUACUUUUGGGGGAGUAUUAAGAUAACAUUGAUGCUCUCUAUUUACCUUUAUAAACCUAGUGUAAUUGGGAAUUUAGAAGCUGGGCUUUGUUUCUUAUUAAUUAAAAGCAAUGAAACUUAGGUCAGAAUGCAAAGACCCCCUUUAGGCAUACCUUUUUGCUCCAUGUUGUGUGUGGGGGAGGGGGGAUAAUAACAUUCCCUCCUCCAAGCUGCGGCUCUUUGCGUGGCAUCAAAGUUCCCCUGAGAUUUAAGGGGGGCUUGUAGGGCAGUAUCUUAGCUGGGGUCUCAGAAACAUGUGUGUGCAGUCUGACAUGUGCCCUUGUAGACGGUGGCUCUGAUUUUUCAAAAGGCCAUUUUCCAGCACCAGUUAGUAUUUCUCUUUUAGCCAAAUUAACUCUCCGGUUGUGGAGGAGUCCAUAAACUGUGUCUUUCCUUCAAACCUAAGGUAUUCUGUCCUGGUGCCACUGACAUUUGAGGGGUGGGGGUGUUUCUGCUGUGUUUCUGUGCUAGGGUGUAAAUCGGCAGGUGGUCCUUCGGAAAGAGAACCAUUAAAAGUGACAUUCUUGAAAGGAGCUUGGGUGGCUUCCCUCAUAGUGUUAAGGCUUUUCUUCUAGAUGGCCAUCUCUGCUGAUCUACCCAGGCAGUCUGCUUGAGAGAAAUCUUCCAGAAUGGCAUCCUGUCCCUAACGGCAAGCUCAGCUCUCAUGGCUCCAGAAAGUGCCCUGGGGAUCCAAACUGCUUCGUGGGCCUGCAACUGCUGCAACUGCUUCCUUCAUUCAGGGGCUUUAAUCAUGUGGCUUUGAAAAAUGUAUGGCCUGGAUCUAUGUUCCUCAUGUCCAGAAGCAUGCUGAACACACUCUGAUUUUCCAGUGAAGGUUGGCAUGGUCAGAUUUGAUUAUGCCAGUUAUCUGUUACGUGAGGUUCAGUCCCCUCACCUCCAAAAUGAAUAACUGUCCCUGUUAAAGCUGAUUGCACCAGCAGAUGGUUGCCAGGACUACUGCUCUAAGUGCUAGAUGCUGGAUAUAUAUAUUUUUUAAUCCUUCUAACAUUUGGGACCCAUCCACAUGCACGUGUGAUCUUUGUAUCAUUGCGUCCAUGCCUUUUAUUUGAUUGGGACAAUGAUCUCGAAGUCCCAGGUCUGUGCAUCUCACAUUCAGAAUCCAGGCUGAGUAGCAAACCUAGUUUUCUGCUGCUGUGGACUUUGAAUGGCGCCUGUUUCUAAAUGCAGAGAAAUGUGUUUGGGGAGGCAGUGAAAGAAGCUCCCAAGAUCUAUAACUAAUCUUAUUGUGAGAUCAGAAACCCACUGAGAAAGUGGGAAUGUUCUGCUUUAGCUGGUUUUUUAAAAUUUGUUUUGCUCAGGUGAGAUUUAGAAUUCAGAAGGCAUAUUUCUUCAGCUUGUCCCACUCAAGGUGCUUUGCUUGGUUUUGAUAUUGGUGCCCUGGUGCAUUUAGGAAAUUGUUAAAAGACUGUAGGAACUGUAUUUAAUGUGGAAAGCCAGCUGCUUAGCUUGAUAACUGUCUCCUGCAUGGCAGGGUAAUAGUUGAAGAGCAAGAACAAUAUUCUGUUUCUCCUUGGAAGGAGGGCAGAAUGUUGUUUAUUAAAGUUGAGAAGUCACUGCUGCUGCACCCAGCUAAGUAGUUCUCUUAUGCAAUUUUGCUGUGUUUAAUUACACAUUUCAAGUGCCUUAACUCAGUCUGUUUUUUGGUAUUAACUCAACAGAUGUUUCAAAAUAUGUUUUUAUACCAUUCAAAGCAUCCAGUUGUAGCAUGGAUAUUGAAAUGACCAAUUUAGGUUUUGGACAACAUUCAAUAAAUACUUUAUGACCUUCUCCAUGUUGCUGUCUUUUGGACUUAAUACCCCCCCCCCCCCA